CCUGCCCCUCCCCUCUGUCUCUGCUCACCCAAAAGCUUCCACCUCCAGCCCCGAGUGCAUCAUCUUGAUUCUCUUCCCUCUUCCAUCUUCACUCUUCCCAUCCUCGUCUUACAACAUCGAGAGACCUUCCACCACUCAUUAGUCCAUCAAACCUCAGGUACGUAUGUCCAGGGCAUCAUCCGAUGGCCUCCUGUCCUGUUUUGUCGUCCCAUAUCACCUCCACGCCGUGGCACCUCAAGCUCUGCCACCAUCCAGCUCCCGUGGAUUCGCGCGUUGGGUGACGAACCACCCAGUCUUGCGGGAUAUUCCACGAACCUGGUCUGUCCUAGCUUGCAAUUGAGCGACUUUUGGGACCUUGAUACCAACCAACACGUCAACAAUUCUUCAACCUUUCCUCCUUCCCUCCAAACAUUCCCUUUCCCGCCAUCCGCCAGCCUUACUUUUCACCUACCACAAGUCCGUCCUUGACCGCUCCCGUACUCCGGCAGACCCCAUAGCCAACAGAUAACUGACCAUCUCCCAUCAGAAAAUCAUCCACAAUGGGUAUCACCAAGGUUCACGCUCGUUACGUCUACGACUCUCGUGGCAACCCCACCGUCGAGGUCGAUGUCGUGACCGAGGAGACUGGCCUCGCCCGCGCCAUCGUGCCAUCUGGUGCCUCCACCGGUCAGCACGAGGCUUGCGAGCUCCGUGACGGCGACAAGACCCACUGGGCUGGCAAGGGUGUUCUCCAGGCCGUCAAGAACGUCAACGAGGUCAUUGGCCCCGCGCUCAUCAAGGAGAAGAUUGACGUCAAGGACCAGAGCAAGGUCGACGAGUUCCUCCUCAAGCUCGACGGUACCCCCAACAAGACCAAGCUCGGUGCCAACGCCAUUCUCGGUGUCAGUUUGGCUGUCGCCAAGGCCGGUGCUGCCGAGAAGGGUGUCCCUCUCUACGCUCACGUCUCCGACCUUGCCGGCACCAAGAAGCCCUAUGUCCUCCCCGUUCCCUUCAUGAACGUCCUCAACGGCGGUUCCCACGCCGGUGGCCGUCUUGCCUUCCAAGAGUUCAUGAUCGUUCCUUCUGCCGCCCCCUCUUUCUCCGAGGCCAUGCGCCAGGGUGCUGAGGUGUACCAGAAGCUCAAGGGCCUCGCCAAGAAGAAGUACGGCCAGUCCGCUGGCAACGUCGGUGACGAGGGUGGUGUUGCUCCCGAUAUCCAGAGCGCCGAGGAGGCCCUCGAGCUCAUCACCGAGGCCAUUGAGGCCGCUGGCUACACUGGCCAGAUCAAGAUCGCCAUGGAUGUCGCCUCCAGCGAGUUCUACAAGGAGGACGCCAAGAAGUACGAUCUCGACUUCAAGAACCCCGAGAGCGACCCCUCCAAGUGGCUCACCUACGAGGAGUUGGCUGCCCUCUACUCCGACCUCUGCAAGAAGUACCCCAUCGUCUCCAUCGAGGACCCCUUCGCUGAGGAUGACUGGGAGGCCUGGAGCUACUUCUACAAGACCCAGGGCGAGUCCAUCCAGAUCGUUGCUGACGACUUGACCGUCACCAACCCUCUCCGCAUCAAGAAGGCCAUUGAGCUCAAGGCUUCCAACGCCCUUCUCCUCAAGGUCAACCAGAUCGGUACCCUUACCGAGUCCAUCCAGGCCGCCAAGGACUCCUAUGCCGAUGGCUGGGGCGUCAUGGUUUCUCACCGCUCUGGUGAGACCGAGGAUGUCACCAUCGCCGACAUUGCCGUCGGUAUCCGCUCCGGCGAGAUCAAGACCGGCGCUCCCUGCAGAUCGGAGCGCCUGGCCAAGCUUAACCAGAUUCUCCGCAUCGAGGAGGAGCUUGGCGAGAACGCCGUGUAUGCCGGCGAGAACUUCCGCAAAUCCAUCAACUUGUAAGGUGGACGUGGUGGGAUGCCUCGGGGGGAAUCGGAACCCAGAGGGACGGGGUCUGGUGAUUUGUUGGUAACAGGUUUACCUCGGGUCAAAAGAUGUCUGAGAUGACUUAUGAAAAGGGUGGCGAAGCCUUAGAAAGCAGGGAAAUACCAAUGUGAAUUCUUUUUCAAAGUCCA